AUGCAUUGCUAUUGUGCAAACUACUAUGGAUCGGUCAAUUGCCAGAACAAAGUCACCCAUUUCGGCCAGCGAUGUAAACUCUGCACAGUAUUGAACGAAGGCCACCCGGCAAAGGAAGACCUAUUCAAGAUAACGUCCAACGACUACGCAUAUGACAGCGAAGCCGCAGACGAGGACGACUCGAGUCCAGAAGAACACGGACACGAGCGGACGAUGGAUCAUAGCAAGAGCUCCUCGAAGUGA